AUGAGUGACAUAGAAGGAAAUCCUAUUGUGCUUGCAGAAUCAUUCGAAGAUAAUGAGGAAACUUUCGUUAAUAAUGAGGAAAUUACCAAAGAUAAUGAGUGUACUGCGUUAGAAGAAGAGAGUGAUCUUGUCCCUAUGGUGAGGAGGUUAAGACUUGGUGAAGGAGAUGCUACUGCUAUUCAAGCUUAUUUUUCGAAGAUGCAAGCCUUUUGCCUGGGUUUUUACUUUAGUGUGGAUUUGGAUGAAGAUGGCAGAUUGAAGAAUGUCUUUUGGGCUGAUAAUAGGUGCGUACAUGAGGUGGUGUAUGAAUCACAGAGUCCUGAAGAAUUCGAGCAGGCUUGGAAUAUCUUCAUUGAGAAAUAUGCACUACAUGACAAUGAUUGGUUGUCUAGACUUUACAAAGAAAGAUGUCGAUGGGUCCCAUAUUUUGUGAAAACUAGUUUUUGGGCAAGAAUGUCAACAACGCAGCGAAGUGAGGGUAUGAACGCAUUCUUUGAUGGAUAUGUACACUCAAAAACCUCAUUGAAGCAAUUUGUUGAACAAUAUGAGUGGGCAAUGAGGUGUAAAGUUGAAAAGGAGUUUCAGGCCGACGUAAGGUCUUUUUCUCAGAUGGUCCCAUGUGUAUCGAGGUUGGCCAUUGAGAAACAAUUUCAAGAAGUAUACACAAUCGCAAAAUUCAAAGAGUUUCAAGAAGAGCUAACUGGGAAGAUUUAUUGCUUGAUUGUGUUUACCGAAGAGGGACCGCUUGGUAUGAGUUGUCACAUGUUCGAGUUUAAGGGAAUAAUUUGUAGACAUGCUGGCACAGUAUUGAUCCAAAAUGGUGUCAGAUCAAUUCUUGAGAGAUAUAUCUUACAGCGAUGGAGGCGAGAUGUUAGUAGAUGCUACAUGAGGGUGAAGAUCAAUUACAAUGGUUGGAUUAAUACGCCUAGCCAAUUAAGAUACGAUCAACUAUGCAGUGCAUUUGCCAAGGUAGCAGACAAGGUAGCAGAUGCCGAAGAACAAACCCAAACAACUAUGGAGUGGAUCCAAUCUCAAUUGAAUGCAUUGAGCAUAUCCAAUGCAAAUCCAAGCUAUGGUGGUAAUAUAUAUGCUCAACAUAGUGUGCAGGAACAAGUUCAUAGUUGUGGAGAGACAGCAACAGCUUCAAGCAAGCAACUAAUGGAUCUGAUAUGCUCCCAGAGAAAGGGAGCCCCUAGGAAGCUUCGCAAGAAAGGUCCAUUGGAAACACAUACAAAGAAAGCUAAGUUAGUCUCUUGGAAUGCUGCUCACGGAGUGUCUAUGGUGCCUACCUCUCGCACGGGUCAUCCUUGUAUGCCAAUAUAUCUGCCCCAUCUACAGCCCGAUGACAACCCACCAGAAUUUUGA